AAAUACAAAAAAUUCCUUCAAUAUUUGAGUCUAGUAGUUAUCAUAGGUUUGUUAUUGAACUUGAGUUAGCAUCCUUUUAAAAACAAAGUAUCAUUGUGUGCAAGACUGCUUAGUAUGGUUCGGCGUGCAUUUUCGAUCAUAAUUGCUGGAAAUUGAACUAAUCAGUGUGUGCAGGUUUAACAUUAGGAGAAUUCUAACGAGAAUCUCUCAAAUUCGAGACAUGUCUUUUUACCACUAAACCAGAUCUUUGGAGUUAGAAAAAUUCAGUUAACAAAAAAUUUAAAAGGUUAUGUUAGUUAAUCGUUUGUACUUUGCAGGUUUAAUUCAGAAGAAGAUGCUGAUGCGUGCAGCGUCGCGGCCAUUAGCUUCAAAUUAUUCAUCUCACUUUCACUCUCUCUCCGACCACCACCAACUCCUCCACCGACCCAUUUCCGAACUCAACUCCAUCAUCACCUCCUACGUCCGCCGUGGUCAACCCAUCUCCGCAUGGAACCUCUUCAUCUCUCUCCGCCGCAUACGCUCCGACAUCGAUGCUCACACAUUCACUCCUCUUUUACGCCCAUCUUCUCCAUCACUCGGUAAACAGUUCCACGCACAAAUGAUCAGAACUGGUUCAGAUUCUGGAACUGUUCCAAAAACUGCAAUGCUUGAUAUGUACUCAAGACAUGGGUCAUUGAAGGAUUCCCUUAAGGUGUUUGAUGAAAUGCUUCAUAGAGAUGUUGUUGCUUGGAAUGCUUUGCUUUCGUGUUUUUUGCGGUGUGGUAAACCGAGUGAGGUGAUUGGUGUUUUAAGGGAAAUGGGGAGGGAGAAUGUUGAGUUUAGUGAGUUUACUUUGUGUUCUGUUUUGAAGUGUUGUGCUUCUUUGAAGGCUUUGGAACUUGGUAGGCAGGUUCAUGGUUUGGUUGUGUGUUUAGGGAGGGAUUUAGUUGUUUUGAGUACUGCUCUUAUUGAUUUUUAUUGUAGUGUUGGGUGUGUUGAUCAUGCUUUGGAUGUGUUUUAUGGUUUGAAAGGUUGGAAAGAUGAUAUGAUGCAUAAUUCAUUGGUUUCUGGGUGUAUUAGAAAUGGGAGAUAUGGUGAGGCGUUUAAAGUUAUGGGCUUGGUGAAGCCUAAUGUAGUUGCACUUACUAGUGUUUUGGGUUGUUGCUCUGAGAAGUUGGAUUUGUUGACUGGGAAACAGGUGCAUUGUGUUGCGGUUCGUAGGGGUUUUACUUUUGAGACCCAAUUAUGUAAUGUAUUGUUGGACAUGUACGCUAAAUGUGGGAAGAUUUUGCUUGCCCGGUCAGUGUUUGAUGGAAUUUGUCGAAAGGAUGUGAUUUCAUGGACUUGUAUGAUUGAUGCGUAUGGAAGAAAUGGGUGUGGGCAUGAAGCUGUCAAGCUCUUUCAGAAGAUGACGGAGGAUAGCAGUGAGGUCUUGCCAAAUUCUGUGACUUUUUUGUCUGUUUUAUCAGCUUGUGGUCACUCUGGCCUGGUGGAGGAAGGAAAAAAAUGUUUCACUAUGUUGAAGGAGAACUAUGGCAUUGAACCGGAACCGGAGCACUACGCAUGCUUCAUAGAUAUCUUAGGCCGAGCCGGUAAAAUAGAAGAAGUAUGGUCCGCUUAUCAAAAUAUGAUUGAUUGGAGUACUAGACCCACUGCAGGAGUAUGGAUAGCAUUGUUGAAUGCUUGCAGUCUUAGUCAAGAUUUUGAAAGAGGCGAGUUUGCUGCAAAACAUCUCUUGCAGUUGGAACCUGACAAAGCUAGCAAUAUUGUACUUGUAUCAAACUUUUAUGCCGCCAGUGGUAGGUGGGAUUGUGUUGAAAAAUUGAGAAGCAUAAUGAGGACAAAAAGGUUGGUCAAGGAAGAUGGGAAUAGUUGGAUCGGCGAGGGAUUCAAUGGACAUGCCAGGUCACUAUCUGCUUGAUUGUUCAGCUAGACAACUGGAAAGUGAGGGCCUUACUCAUGUUGGGGUGAUUUGAUUUCUAGUAGUCACCUGGCAUUUUUUACAUGAAAGGAAUUGAUUUCUAGUAGAGUCAACCUGGCAUUGAUUACAUGAAAGGAAGCAUGUAUUUACCGGUCAUUCUUUUGGAUCACUAGUUAGUGUUUUGAGUGUUGAAGCAAGUCAACUGAGAGGAUGUAUCAAGUUAUUGUGUGGGCCAAGGUCCACUACUUAACUACACCCCAAAAUGCUCAAGCCAGAAAGAUCUCUGAGCCUCUGACCUGGUUGGCUCAAGAUCUGAAAACUCUCAUAAAUAGAUUUAAAUGGAACAGUUUUGUUCAACCGUUGUCCUACCAAAUGCUUGACAUUUCUACUUGUUAUCUGUCAUGGUUCCCUAUCAAGGACCAUGACCACAGUGCCACGCCUAUUUGAGUUGUCUAAUGAGAGUGCACUCAGGUAAUCAGGUUCCAGUUUGCAAAAAUUAAGCUUAAGGAUCAAAGCCAGGCUUUUGUAGGGUUAGGAGAAGCUCAGAAGAAGAUGAAUUUGUCUCUAAUACUCCAAAGCUUCACACUAAUUUCUAUGCCUAUGCACUUUGAGUUCAAGAAUCAAAAUUUACAACUUCAAUGACUUGGCUUGGCACCUAUCAAUGUCUAGCACCCGAAAAAUUAUUCUCUCAUGAGUCGUGAGACACAAGAGUCCAGUAAAAUUUGGACCUUCAAAAAGUAAACGGGUUGUGAGAUUAAAAUUGCGAGUCUCCGGUGAAAUGUUUUUGCGGGAGUGAAUCCCGAUCAGCCGAUCCCUAGACACGCAGACCUGCAAGUGUUGCAGAGUUUUCUCCACUGGGUUGUAUGUAUAUAACACCCAAAAAUCAAUGCAUGGGCAUCAAGAAAAUUCUUGAAAUGUCAUUUAGUGUGAAAAGGAGUAGAACAGUUGAACAACACACCUGUUACAAUUAGCAAUUUUGCUGUUAUUUUUCUGUUGUAUUCAGUUAGUAGUUGGCUUCAGCCUUCAGUCAACCAUUUUAGUUAUCCCUUCCAGUUCUCUGUAAUUCUGUUAGGCCUGUGUAAUUCUGGAGGGAUAAAAACCUUCUUGUUUUUAGGGUAACUAUGAAUUGGAAUUCAACAUUGCUUUGAAAGUUGAAAGUUA